ACCAUGGAUCAGCAAAAUUAUUCUAGGGUCACUGAGUUUGUGUUGCUGGGACUCUCUAGUUCCUGGAAGCUCCAGUGUUUCUUCUUUGUGUUUUUUAACUUCUUAUAUAUCCUCAUUGUCCUUGGAAACUUUCUUAUUGUUGUCACAGUGAUUUCAGAACCUGCCUUGCAUACACCUAUGUACAUUAUGCUUAGUAAUCUCUCUGUUCUUGAUGUUCUUCUGGCCACAUAUGCAACCCCAAAGAUGAUCUAUGAUUUCCUUCAUGAACCCAAGACUAUCUCCUUUGAGUGUUGCAUGGCCCAGAUAUUUUUGCUCCAUGUCUUUGCUGGUGGUGAAAUGGUCCUCCUUGUAGCCAUGGCAUAUGACAGGUAUGUAGCCAUAUGCAAACCUCUGCAUUACACAGUCAUCAUGAACUUGUGCAAGUGCACAAGCUUGGUGGUAGGCUCUUGGGUCAUUGGAGUUAUACACUCCUUGAGUCAGUUAGCUUUCACUGUAAAUUUGCCCUUCUGUGGCCCCAACAUAGUGGAUAGUUAUUAUUGUGACCUUACUUUGGUUAUCAAGCUUGCCUGUACAGACACGUACAUCCCUGAAGUGCUGAUGCUUUUGGACAGUGGUCUUAUGGGGGUGACUUCUUUCUUGCUCUUGCUAAUCUCCUACGUGGUCAUCCUUGUUACUGUUUGCCGCCAUUCUUCAGGGGGCAUGGCCAAGGCCCGCAGCACUUUGACUGCCCACAUCACGGUGGUGACCCUCUUCUUUGGACCCUGCAUAUUCAUCUAUGUCUGGCCUUUCAGCAACUUUCCAGUGGAUAAAGUCUUUUCUGUGUUCUCUACAGUUUUCACACCUAUAUUGAACCCCAUCAUCUACACAUUGAGAAACAAAGAAGUGAAAUCAGCAAUGAGUAAACUCAAGACUCAGAUUGUAAAUUCCAGGCUGCUUUCCCUCUCUCACCUGCAGAACCUGCUCUUGUAG